GAACCGAGGCAGGAAUGACAGGCAGAGACACGGGUCCUAGCUCCAAACGGGCUAUGGGACACUAGGACAGUGAAGAAAGCUCUAUGCUGCAAGGAGAGGAGUGAGGAUGGGGCUGCCGGCCAGUGAGGGGGUAUCCACAGCUGGUUCUCGCCAGCAAAUCACAUGGCCACUCUGAGUCAAUUUCCUUGUGUGUAAAAGGAAAAUAAUAAUAAUAGUUACUAUUCUCUGUGAUUUAUGGAACACUUUUUCUGUGUCAGGCACUGUCCUGAGGCAAUCAAUCUUCAUAACAAAUAUCUAUGAGGUCAUUUUGGUCCCCAUUUGACCGAAGAAGGAAAUGAGCUUUAGGUUAAGAAACCUGCCCAGUAUUUCCCGGCAGGUAACCAGUGAAGCCAGGAUGUGAUCCUGGGUCUGUCUGAUGCCAAAGCUUGUCUUCUUAAUAAUUACUGUUAGCUUCUCCAACAUUCCUCGAAUUUCUAGUUCUUAUGACUAAGUGCCUCAACGUGAGCUGUUCAUGGUUUCAGAGAACAGAGGUACCACUCUCUUCCCAGCUCCACUGAGCCUGGAUGGUGAAAAUGUCCCUUAGCUCAUCUGUGUCCAGCAGGGAUUCAGCAAAUAUAUAACACGUAGCUCUGUCAACUGAGAGAGCUGUCAAAACACAAGGGGUCCCAGAGGCGUCUAGACCAGGUCUCAGCUGGGCCAAGCAACAUGUGAGAAACACAGGGCCCUCUGCUGUCACCUGCUGUCCCAAAAGUCUCAACUGAGGAGAGCACGUGUACAAUAGGGCUGGAGGAGUUUUCCGGCACCACAAAGCCUCACAGAAAACCCAGAGCUCCCGGCCAGGUCCCCCUCUCUAUCCUAACCUCCCACCUCAUUCCUACUUCUAACUGAACUCAAACAGGUCAAAUUCAUUCCCACCUCAGGGCCUUUGCUCCUGCUGUGACCUCUGCCAAGCAGACCGCUCCCGCUGCCUAGAAGCAGCUUCCUCCAGAUCGGCACAAGCUUUCCUCUUCCUUGCCAUCUAGCUUUCUGAUCAGAGACCCCUCCUGCGGGAGGCCCUUCCUGACGACCCUGCCUAAAUUAGCACCCCCCAUCCAUCCCUCUCCAUUACGCCUUCCUGCUUCACCUCCUCUGUGGUGCUUUACACAUCUGAAAUAAUCUUAUUCAUUAUCUGCUUAUGUGUUUAGAAAAGUACCUGGCAAACGGCUGACUCUCAAUGAACAUGUGCUGAAUGAAUGGAUGAGUGAAUAAAUGAAUGAAUGGAAAAUCUUACUCAAGUGUUUCUGUAAUAAGAAUCCAGGUACCUAUAGUCAAAGUACCCCCCUUCUUUCAGUUUCCAAGGGCAGAGAAAUAACCCUGUGGUUGGUAAGAACUUAACAACCGGUAGUUAUAUCCACACACACUGCUGGGCAUGGGUCCAAAGCUAAAAAGGCACUAACUGCUUUUAUAUAAGGAGGUAGAAACGCAGUCCCUCCGUGUCCUUUAGUCCUGAUGCUCUGCAUUAUGGUAUCUGUUACUGUGUUAAUUGUUUCUGUCUCACACGGCCAGUUUGGGCUUUAUUCUGCCUAUGUCUGGGACGGUGACAGGUUCCUAUACAGAGAAGAGAGGUAAUGUGUCCAUGUGUGUGUGUGUGUCCACACCUGUGGGCAUGUGUGUGGAAAAGCAGCGACACUCCAGGAAGGGUUAAGUUACAAUCAGGCUGUCUGUGCUCAGGGCCCCAUGGCUGGCCCAGGAAUGGGAUGGGCCUGGAAGGUGGAGCAGGCUUGCCUUGCACCAGCUGCUCUUUCCAAGACAGGAGUGCACAUGCUUGCCCAGCUGGCCUGAGUGUGUGGAACUCCAGUCGCCUUUAAGAAUGGCUUCAGAAGCCCACACCUGGCAAUCACUCCCCCAACCCCCUUGCCCCUCCACGGCAGGUUCCAUUUGGGAAACUCUCCAGUCGGUCAUUAGAGGAAUGAGCCGAGAGUGAGCCGUUCAUCAGCUCGCCAGCGCUUGGUGAAAAGCAGCAAAGCAGGGAUGGAUGUGGACAGCCUUCUCUUGAAUGGAAGCAACACGACGCCUCCCUGCAAACUGGGGAUCGAAAACGAGACACUUUUCUGCUUGGAUCAGCCCCAUGCUUCCAAAGAGUGGCAGCCAGCCGUGCAGAUUCUCUUGUACUCCUUGAUAUUCCUGCUCAGUGUGCUGGGAAACACACUGGUCAUUACGGUGCUGAUUCGGAACAAGAGGAUGAGAACGGUCACCAACAUCUUCCUGCUCUCCCUGGCUGUCAGUGACCUCAUGCUCUGCCUCUUCUGCAUGCCGUUCAACCUCAUCCCCAACCUGCUCAAGGAUUUCAUCUUUGGGAGCGCUGUCUGCAAGACCACCACCUACUUCAUGGGCACCUCUGUGAGUGUCUCCACCUUUAAUCUGGUAGCCAUAUCGCUGGAGAGAUAUGGGGCAAUUUGCAAACCCUUACAGUCCCGCGUCUGGCAGACAAAAUCCCACGCUUUGAAGGUGAUUGCCGCUACCUGGUGCCUCUCCUUUACCAUCAUGACUCCGUACCCGAUUUAUAGCAACUUGGUGCCUUUUACCAAAAAUAACAAUCAGACCGCGAACAUGUGCCGUUUUCUACUGCCAAAUGAUGUCAUGCAGCAGUCCUGGCACACCUUCCUGUUACUCAUCCUCUUUCUUAUUCCUGGAAUUGUGAUGAUGGUGGCAUAUGGAUUAAUCUCUCUGGAACUUUACCAGGGUAUAAAAUUUGAUGCUAGCCAGAAGAAGUCUGCUAGAGAAAGGAAGCCGAGCCCCGGCAGCAGCGGCAGAUACGAGGCCAGCGAUGGGUGUUACCUGCAGAGGUCCAAGCACCCAGGGAAGCUGGAGCUGCAGCAGCUGUCCAGCAGCGGCGGCGGCAGGCUCAGCCGCAUCAGGAGCAGUAGCCCCGCAGCCAACCUGAUGGCCAAGAAGCGGGUGAUCCGCAUGCUCAUGGUCAUCGUGGUUCUCUUCUUCCUCUGCUGGAUGCCCAUCUUCAGCGCCAACGCCUGGCGGGCCUUUGACACCGCCUCUGCAGAGCGCCGCCUCUCCGGGACCCCCAUCUCCUUCAUCCUCUUGCUCUCCUACACCUCCUCCUGCGUCAACCCCAUCAUCUACUGCUUCAUGAACCAGCGGUUCCGCCUCGGCUUCAUGGCCACGUUCCCCUGCUGCCCCAACCCUGGUCCCCCAGGAGCGAGAGGGGAGGCGGGGGAGGAGGUGGAGAGCAGGACCACCCGGGCCUCUCUGUCCAGGCGCUCGUACAGCCACGCCAGCGCCUCUGCCCCGCCCCCGUGAGCUGUGCCCUGGCCGCCAGCACCAAAGGAUGGAGCGGGGACCGAGGGAGGCAGCAGAGAAGGAGAAAAAGAAGAAAGCAGGAGGAAGAGGAAGCGGGAAGUGAAGGAGCAGGAAGGCGCCAUCCCCAGUGCGAACUAUUCCUUGUCUGCUUGGCAUCCUUCGUCUGGGUGCCAGGGGAACACUACUAGGGCGGAGCCGGGACUGGGUUUCCAGGCAGCUCCAGGCAGGCAGUUUCCAUACCAGUCACCAUUCGAAAAACCUCAGCAGGCCGGUAACAGGAGUCCAACAGGACUCCUCCUGCACGUGUAAUUGCCAAGCACGUGUUCAAACUGGGACGCGGACCCUACUGAGCUUUAGAAGUGGGGCUUUGGAGUCGGCUGUCACUCCCCAUAGGGACACCCUUCUGUGCACUACUGCUUCUGCUGAUGCAAAAUUUGGGGGGCUACUUUGCCCCUGGGGAGUCCAUCACUCUUUCACGUACAUUCUGUAGCCAUCCACCUCAUCAUGACCACGAAUGGGAACCCAAAGCAAACCCUCUUCCGGCCAUUUUCUGUAGUAAAAGAACAGCCUGACUUGUGCUCCUU